AUGAGCUCUGCAUUUGCUAGUAGAAGGAAGCCGCGCAAGAUUGGCGGAGAUGACGGCGACAACGAUGAGGACCAGGAUUCUGGUCCGAUUGUCAAAAGACCCGUUAUCUCAAAAGCGAAACAAAAAUCCAAAGCGCGCCUUUCAUUCGGCCCCGGCGAGACUUCAAUGACGGAGGGCGAGGACGGGGAAAGCGAGGUUAUCGUGCCCAAGAAGCAUGGCUUGGGUAGGCGAGUGCUUGAGAAGAAUGCAUCACAGAGAUCGAUAACACCGGCCGGGUCAGGAAAUCAACUUCCGCUCAGAGUUGGACCCGAGCAAGAUCGACCGAGCUACAACAAGGAGUAUCUGAAUGAACUUCGAAAUUCGACGGCAUCGACGCCCAAACCUACGACUGACCCCGAAAUCCGGAAUGAGGUGGAUGUGGCAGCGAAAUUUGGUGAAGUCAUGAAAGUUAUUGCUCCGUCGGCCAUCCCUACGGAGGCUGAGAUAAGGGAAAAGAAGGCUCGCCGGGCAAGGUUGGCAAAAGAACAGGAUAGCCAUAGUCUCACCGAGCAAGACUAUAUAUCGCUUGAGGAAAAUGCGGGGGAUGACUGGGAACUGGUCGACCGAGAAGAUCUCAAAGACACGAGGCUAGUGCGGGACGAUGAAGACUUUGCGGAGGGCUUCGACGAAUACGUCGAAGAUGGACGCAUAUCAUUGGGGAAGAAGGCCGAACGUGAGCAGAAGAAAAAGCAGCGCGAAGCCAUGCGCGAGCUCAUUGAAGAUGCCGAAGCUCUUUCGGACGAGGAAGACUCUGACUUGGAGGAAAAGGCGGCCUACGAAGCCGCCCAGACAAGAGCUGCGAUGGGAUACGGCAAAGACCCCGUAGAUCGACCGAAGACGCCUCCUAAGAUGACCUCGCUACCACGUCUCUCAACAUGUCUCGAUAGGUUGCGGAUGAACGUCGCGGUCUUGGAGAAGUCUCGGACACAAAUGAUCAACCGAAUGGAAGAACUGAGAAAAGAAAAGGCAGAUAUUUCUGUUAGAGAAGUUGAGAUACAGGCUCUGAUCAAAGAGACUGGAGAUCAUUAUGAAAAACUCAAGCAAGAAGCAGGAGUCACUCCGGGCUCCGAGGUUGAUACCCCAGUGACCACAGAUUUCGAGAGCUCUCGCGGAUUAGAAAACAUUGGGGCUUCAUCCAUGGUUGUAUCCGGAGCAAACUCGGAGAGUGAGACCUGA